AUGGCUGUCGAGAGGUGAGUCAACAGAGUUAUGUUGAGUGAAAGUACUCUGUAAUGUCAGUAGAUUUCAAUGAAGCACACUCCCAAACACCUAACACAAAAAGACUAAACGCUUCAGAAAUGUUUAUUUCCAUUAGCAACUUCAACUUGAUUUCAUUUAUAUGGCAGUUUUCCUACAAAGCUGUAACACAAAGUGCCUUACAAAGCAUAAAAAGAAAAUGAAACAUUAAAAUCCCCAAGAAAACCCCAAACCUCCCACUCGCACAAUUAUACCCAUACACACACUGGUGCACAUAGACAUACAUUCCCACACACAACUUUACAUACACACGCACCUACACAGUUAGCAGCUGAUGGUGAGGAGACAUGACUGGGCACUGAGAUCUGAGGUGAGGAAGACGCUACCUUUGGGGGCCACGUCGACCGGGAGGCAUCCCGGCCCAUUGCUGCAGGGGGCGCCGUCACAGGGACCACCAGCCCGGGCAGACAGGAGGCUCCACACCAAGGUGGAGAGCUCUCUGGUUCCACCCGGGCCAGAGCUGUCCCCAGAACGGCGCCCCCACCAACAGACCAGAACCCGCUCCUGGUGAAGCAGCCCCCAGGAGGAAACACUGGAAAAACUGAGGGACUAAAAGAAUAAAAUAAGACAAAAAAGUAUAGAAACUAAAACUGAAGGAAUAAAACUGUAAUCGCUAAGACAGACCCAGUAAAUAAUGUACAACAGCUUUAACAUUUAUACCUUUCUCCAUGUUUUAUUAGCAGUUUAGCAUAGCUUUUUCAGCACUCAGCAUUUCCACGCAUUUUCUGCAAGGAAAUGCAAUUUUUCUAGUUAUUAUUUUUAGUCUGGCGUGUUUAACAGUGCACAGAAUCAUUUUAUCUUACAUUAUUUACUGGGUCUGUCUUAGCGAUUACAGUUUUAUUCCUUCAGUUUUAGUUUCUAUACUUUUUUGUCUUAUUUUAUUCUUUUAGUCCCUAGUAUAUCCCUAGAUAUACCGGUGAAAACUGGAUUAUUUAUCAUAUUGUUGUGAUUAAAAAAAGAUCGCUAUCGCUAAAUGCCGUUUACGUCUUCCAGGUUUGACAAACUGUUGUGAUAAUGUGACGCCCACUAAGUGUCAUCACAUUAGUGUGAUUGUCUUAUUUGUAUUUAACUGUUUAUUUGUACAUAACUUUGGCCAGUAGGUGGCAGUGUAGGGUUGUGUGGCCAUGUGUGCGUGCGCAGCCAGCUCCCGCCAGACCGAAACAGGAGCUCGGUGAAACGCUCCACAUCUCAACUGUCUCCUUCCUUAAUAACCUAUUUGCCUGUUUUCCAGGUGGGUAAUCCUUCACAAACCACAUCAAGAUAUCACUAGGUGUUAAUGUCGCUUUUGGUAACGUUUGUGCUUUGAUUUGGUUCCGAUUGAUGUGUGACAUAAACUUGUAGAGAUUCAGCAGGUUGUAUCAUUGUUUUGUAUGGGGGUGGUAAGAUGGCGUCUCCCACACGUGUUGCAUCCCGUCAUGUAUGGGCAUUACUCCUCCACUCUUUUAGUUAGAUGUACGUUUUGAUGUGGUUAAUGGCUGGCUCCAUUUUAUUAUUUUGUUCAUAUGGACUGAACCACAGUGUUAUCGCGUAUGAUGGGAAUGGUUUAAAGCCAUGAUGCAGAUAUGUAAAUAGUGUUGUUGAGUAAUACUGGUACUGUUUUGUAUUAAGUCCUGGUGCUAGCAGCAUCUUUACAUUAAAUGUGCACAGUAGAUGCAAUAUAAAUUAAAUGACCAAAAAUGGAAUUUGGAACAAAGGAGAGGUAUUAAAGGGGAAUUGCAGAGAUGACAGAAAGUGUACUAUUGUCAAAAUGUAAUGAUGACCGAAUGUUGUUUACUGUAUUUUGUUUUCUAUUGAAUGUAAUAGGAAGUGAUAUUGAAUAUUGAAUGUUCUAUGGACGUGGAAAUGUUAAAGUCUAGAUAGACAGUGAUACAGACAGUGUUAUUGAAUGCUGGGUAAAUGAAUAGUAAAGGGACAAUGCAGAAAGUACUAGUUAGAGAGGGAAUUUAUGGUGAAUUAUGAAUGACUGUGAAUAAACAGACCGAAACAGGAGCUUGGUGAAACGCUACACAUCUCAACUGUCUCCUUCCUUAAUAACCUAUUUGCCUGUUUUCCAAGUAUUUUAUAUCUGUUGUUUGGUGCCACAUCCUGGUACCUGCAACAAUAACGUCUUUUUCAGUCAAACUUUCGACCAAUUACAUCAUUUUUGCUCCAUAAACUGACAGCUGACCAAAAAUACCAAAAUACAGCUGGGAGUUCGAAGGGUUAACUCCGUUUUUAUGUUUUAGGUUGGUACCCUGAUGCUGAGCACCACUGGGAAAACUCUCCAUCAGGAGUUUUACUGCUUCAUCCCGGGCUCCGGGAUUAGGAACCAUGCCUUCAUCCACUACCGACGCCCUGGCCAACAGAAGCCUUAUGAACGGUGCCGUGAUCGACGGAGCCCACGUGCAGGUGUCGCUCGCCAAACCGGCCAGCAUGAAAGGCGGCGGCGUUCCUUGGAGGUUAGGAACCCCAACCCUAACCCUAACCCUUCCUCCUCAGGGUGUCCGGGCUCAGCCUUAGAGAUAGGGUAAGGAGCUCGGACACUCGGGAGGCGCUCAGAGGAGAACCGCUGCUCCUCCACGUCAGGAGGAGCAGACGCCUUCAGGGUCUGAAUCAGGAGUUUUUAAGCUCUGAUAGACCAAGUUCUGGUUUUUGAAGGUGGACUUUAGCGGACAAAGUUUGACCCCUCAGUCAUAUUCUGGAGGACUCUGUCGACUGUGUAGGAAGAGUUUCCAACACAAACCAACACUUCCUCAAAUAUCUUCAUGUUUUCAGAUGUAGAGACGUUUGAUCAGGAGGACAGAGCUGAUAGACUUCAUGAGGAGCUGUCAUGAGAGGAGAACCUUCAUGUUUUACAGUUGGGUGGGAAAUUAAAAUCCAGUCUUUCUGCAUGUGGAACUUUUGAGGACAGACGUUCAUUAAAAAAUAUGACUUUUCUCGUCUGUUUGAUGGGCUGAGAAAACAAACAAACUAAAAACUAUAAAUAAAUCAAUAAAAAUCAAUAAGAAGCUCCCUGCAGACCCAAGCAGGGUCAAUAUAGAGGGAGACGGGAUUCAUUCCCCUAACCCUAACCCUAAUCUUCAGCUACAAAUCUCUUUCUCCCAAUCAUUAAAUGUUUUUUUAUGUUUAUUUUUCAGGUGCAACAUCUAAAUUCAGAAACCCACCAGCAUCUCGGGGCCAAUAUGGCGACAAAUGACACAUUUACAGACAUUCUUCUGAAGGGCUGGACCAAGCUGACAGAAGCCACUCAUGCAGAGCAGAUGGCUUUCUUUGGGGUCAUCCUGUUUGUUGGUGAGUUUCUGUUUGUGUCGGUGUAGGGCACAAAUCUAUUGAGUUUGUAUUGUAUCUAUUGUACCUGACUCAAAGUACAACAUGUUUGUAUAGUUAUAAAGAUAUUUCAUAUGGCAUGGUAUAGAAUUUGAAUUUAUGGUAAUUUUGCAUAAUUGAAAUGCAAAAUUACCAUUCAUCUCUAUUUUUCCUGGUGCUUGUGCUUUUCAAUUCCUUCUUCAUAUUGUAUAGUCCUAUGCCAAAAAUAAAAAGCUCUCUUUGUGUUUUCUGCCUCUCUUUGCAGCUGCGGUGCUCCUGUUCUGCAUGGCGACCUGCGUACACUGCUGCUGCUGCUGGUGCUACAAACCGAAGCAUCACACUGCCAGAGUCCUACCUCUAUUGUCACGCUGA